AUGGGAUAUCUUGCACCAGAACUCUCGCGGACAGGUAAACCAACACCCUUCUCUGAUGUAUACGCAUUUGGCGUCUUUCUCCUAGAGGUCACAUGUGGACGUAGGCCAAUGUUCACCGACAAGCAAAACAAUCGGUUAUUGUUGGUCGAGUGGGUGCUUGAGCACCACCACAAUGACUUAAUGCUCGACACGGUGGAUCCACGACUUGGAGGGGAAUUCAACACGGAGGAGGUAACCAUCGUGUUCAAAUUGGGUUUGCUAUGCACGUACCCAUUGCCCAACGCGUGGCCUAUCAUGCGAAAGGUCAUGCAGUACCUUGACCAUGAUCAAUCGCCUCCUGAUUUAUCACCGGCCUACAUAAGCUACAUCAUGAUGGCCCAACUACAAAAUGAAGGGUUUGAUUCACACAACAUGUCAUGUUCUCAUGCACCAAUGAGUGUUGCCACCGUUUCGGGUGAGUCUUCAGUAACAAUUUUGCGAGAGGGAAGAUGA